UCCAGUGAAUGCAGUGUUUUGAUUAGAUUUCAUUUUUCAAUUGAUGUGCAACUAAUACAAUCAAAUGGCAAAUAAAGUGUUGAAGAAAUCUAAAUUGAAAAAGGAUGGCGAUUUUAUUCCUCCCGAUGGCGGUUGGGGGUGGAUGAUCAUAUUUGCUGCUGGAUUUUCAAAUCUGUCAGCUCUACCUAUCCUACAGCAAUUUGGGCUAUUGUUCCGUGACAAGUUUGCGCGUCUGGGUAUAAGCAGCUCUGAAACCACCACUAUUAUCAACAUGAAUUCGGCCCUGACCUCUUGCGUCGGUUUAGCCAACGGUCCAGUUUUUAAAACAUUCAGCUAUCGCCAGGUCUCACUUACCGGUGCCAUUGUGGUCUUUACAGCAUUGAUGCUCACAACAUUUUCUUACAAUUUUAUCACUUACCUAAUUUCAUUUUCAAUUUUAUAUGGUGCCGGCUACGGUAUUAGUAGUUCUGCAAAUGCUCUUGCAUUGAAUACUUAUUGGAAGAAGAGGAGAAGAUUAGCUACAAGUCUCUCAUGGACUACAACAGGUCUUGGCCCAAUGAUGUGGCCUCAUAUUAUUACAGGUUUAUUUGCCGUUUUUGGAGAAACCGGAGCUAUACUCAUUAUAGCAGGAAUAUCCCUUCACGCUAUAGCUUGUGCUUUAUUAUUACAACCAGUAGAGUGGCAUUGCAAACAGCAGGCCGAAAAAGAAACAGAUGAGGAAAAACUCAUCACAUCCGAGAUAAAUGGUAAUGUUAUUGAUAAGGAAACAAAAGAAAGUGGUUAUUUUAGUCAUGUAUCAAAAUUAAAAAACUUAAGCACAUUCUCUAGUCAAUAUCUCUAUAAUGAAGAUGAUACCUUCACACCCGGCUAUGAAAUCACUGAUCCUGGAAUACCUAUGAUGAUUCGCGCUAAUGAUGGCUACUUUAGUCAGUCAAGGCAAUCUCGAAGUAGAGUUUCCUCAAGAGAAGGGUCUAACAGAAACUCACGUCUGAACUCUAAAAAGCCAUCAAUGACAAAUUUAGUUGAAGGUAGAUCUCGGAAAUCUUCUACACUCUACUUAAAUGAAUCCAAGAAAAAUUCCUCUGCUAAUCUUGGAGCUCUUGUUCAAGAACGUGAAAAUUAUAAACCAAAACGAAAAACAUCCAUUACUUUAGAUGCGCAAAUUCCUGAAUCAGAAAUCGAAGACUGCCCUACAUUAAAAGCUCCCCAAGAUUUAAAAGCUGAUGAGAAGGAAGUAGUUCAAAACAUUGACCCCGAAAAAGCAAAAAUUAUUGCUGAUAGAGCAGAGAAACACUUAGCAGCAAACAAAAGUAUUAAAUCCUUUAAAAUGGAUGGAAAUUAUGGAGAAAAAUAUAUGAAGGAUAACCAUAGCAAUAUAUCAUUUAAAAAUACGGAUGAUUAUGAUGAGAAAAAAUACUUGAAAGAUAAUCAUAGUAAUCAAUCUACAAGAGCACGAUAUAGAAAAAAAUCUAACAAUUUUAAUUACGAAAGUGAAGUUUUGAAACAAGCUUCAAUGAAACUAGAAGAGUACCUUAAAGAAAAUGAGGAAGAAAAUAGAGCUGCAAAAAUAAGAUUACUGAUAAACGGACCAUCAGAUGAUGAAGACGACGAUGUAUUCAAAGAACAUAAAGUAAAAGAAAAAGAAAUUGAAGAACAAGAAGAACAUUUAACAUUUUGUCAAAAAGUUGCAAUUUUCUUCGAUUUAGAUUUAUUAAAGGACUUCACUUUUAUUAAUCUAAUGUUAGGAAUUACGUUGGCAAAUUUCAACGAACUGAAUUUCUCAAUACUAACACCGUUUAUCUUAGGUGACUACGGUAUGACCAAAUCUGAAGUAGCCUUCUUCAUGUCACUUUUGGCCGGUGUAGAUCUUUGUGUCAGAUUCUGUAUUCCAUUUGUAGCUGGAAAAAUAGGAUGGGACAACAAUUCGUUUUUCCUGUUUGGAGUUCUUUCUAUGGCCAUGGGUCGAGUUGUGCUCUCUUUAUGCCAGAAGUAUCAAGUUGUUCUGCUAGUUGCUGUAAUGAUAGGUUUUGGCAAAGGAUUGAGAACAGUAUUUAUGGCAUUGGUGAUACCAACCCAUGUACCAUUACACAAACUACCGGGAGCUUCGGGGAUACAAUUACUUACCGCUGGAAUUGUUUACCUUGUAAUGGGCCCAAUAGUUGGGUGGAUAAAAGACAACGCUUCCACGGCGGUAACAUUGCAUUGUCUGAAUAUAUUCACAUGGCUCACGGCGUUGUCAUGGGGCCUAGAAAAAUAUAUCAGAUCAAAACGGCCGACCAAUACACAGGAAGAAAUUGUAAAAGCUUGAAGAGGUGAAUGAAAAAGGAAGAACAUUUAUAUAUAUAUUUAAAGAAUAUAUAUAAGUCCUGGAUGGAUUUAAGCUUCAGCUAUAAACACUAGAAAAUAUACCCUAUAUUAAAUACUUUAUAGAUUUAACACCAGCGGCCAAAGGGAAACUUUUUCUUUAGGAAAGAGAUUUUUUUAAUCUUAUUUAUUUAGAGGUUUUAACCAAUAUAAAGGAUAUGCCAGCACCAUCAUAUCCUAAUUUUAUAAAUUACAAAAUUAUUAUAAGAACAAUGAAGAUUCAUUGUUGCAAUAAAUAUUUAUAAGGCUUUUGAAUACUUCCGACUGCGGAUCUGCGAUAAGAUGAGAUGAAUGAAUGAUAUUUGUUAAAUGACUACCAAUUCUUUUCUUUAAAUUGCAGAGCAAAGCGAAGAUACUCAAUGUUACAAUUAUCCCCUGUUUGGAUUAAAAAUGCUGAUGUAUGUUAUGGGUAGUUUUUCGUAAUUUUAUUCUUCGACUGAUUCUUCUGGCAUAAGUUUAAUUUCACUUUGAGCUCUGUAGCAGAUGCUUAUACGAAAAUAAGUAUACUAAAGAAUAUAUAGUUAAAUGAGGGAC